AUGAGUUUCUCUGUCCUUGAGCAGCUGCGCUCGGCGCAUGAGGACAUCGAGAACAUCGAGAAGGCCAUGAGCAUGGUUUUGAUGGAUAAGCACAAGAACUCAAAGGCGGCAGUGUCAUGCGAACAUGCACUGAAGUACUUGGUCGAAGCGACCCAGCUCAAGUGCAAGACAGCCAUUGAUAUCUACCAGGAUAAGGAUGGCAUGCGCACCGAUGACAUCAAUGCUCUGGCUGGCCAACGUGCAGACAAGAAAGGAGGCGAUGUCUGGACUAGCUUCUACGAUAAGGUCAAGGAAGUGAAGGAUGGCUGGCAAGCAGUUGCGAGUUUGAAGACGCAGUUUUACCAGCGAGCCCUGGAGAAUGACAAAACGGAGACGCUCUUCUCGGGUGAGGAGGACUACGGCAAGCGUGUUGACAUGCACGAGCUGUUUGUCACGUACCUCAACCUCAAGAAGAUCUCCACGCUGAGGCGGAACAACUUCAGAGCAGCGACCUACGCCCGGCUCAAAAAGAAGACCAUCGACCUGGAGCCGGAUGAUCCCGAGGUGGACAAGACGGUCGAGAAGGAGUACCACGAGCUGGACUACAUAGAGUGGCUCAAGACCUUCGAUCAGUUCCACGAGAUCAGCAGAUACUGCAAGUACGGUGAGAAGAACUACUCUGAAUACCUGGAAGGCCUCAUCUCCUACCUGCGAGGCUUCCUCCUCCGGACGCAGCCCUUGAUCGACGUCGCCAAGCUCGAGCAGCAGUUCGAGAAGGAGUUUGAGGAGAGAUGGGGCGACAAGAGCAUCCCGGGCUAG